CUCAUACAAGAUAGCACUGGCAGAGCACAGAGAAGUUGCUGGUUUUCAACCUGCCACCCUGCUAUCUGAAUUAUGCAAAUGAAUAAAAAUGGAAGACAAGUUGGCCUCGCGUCCUCUGUGCUAACCAUCCCUUCAAGCGGGACAAACACUUUCGCAGGAAUUCUGCAAAGAUGGAAGAGCAACAAAAGACACAAAAAGGAAACGGUGGAACAGUGUUGGGGAAGCGAUGGUGGAGGAGUAACAGUGCCAAAUGACCUCUAGGUUCCUAUCUGGCUGUAAAACAGAUUAACUGGAAGGCAUGGAGCUCCGUUAAUUUCAGCGGCUCGAGUGUCGCUUAUUCACGGGGAAGCCACCGGCAGGAUGAUCAACAAUCUGGACAUCUGCUUUUAUAUGACAAAAAUAAGACCUAUCGUUAUCAUGGGCCUCUCAGACAGGCCUGCCAUGAUAGCUCGGGGAAAGUGGGACAGAGGUGGCAGCAGAAAUCUUAAUGGGGAAGAGCUCCUUAUCAACGAUGGAAAGAUCAAUCAUUCUUUUUCUAAGAGAAGAAGAAAUAUGGAGGAUGACACAGAAGACUUUGGCCUAUAUCCUGACCAAGGAGGCGCAAAUAAAGGAGGCGAAAGGGAAGAGUCCUGCCACAAGUCUCAAGUUCUUCCGACCGGUCGUUCCAAAGGGCAGAUGGCAUCCGUACUUGGAAACAACAGCCGCGCGUCGGGGGCUCAAGGUGGUCAGGUUAAAUGCAAGCUGAAAAGGAGGAGGAGGAGGAGAUCUAAGCGAAAAGAGAAACAGCAUGAGUCGCUAAGGAUUUUCACACAGACCGGACCCCUAAAGGGAAGGGGCCGGCGUAAAUCAGCUGGUGUCAGAGCUACAGCCACCCACAGCUCCUUAUCGCCGCAUGCAGAGAAAGUCAGUAUGCUGUCAGCAUUGAUCACUCCUUUCAAGUACAUCAGCCCUGGGACCAGCAGCACAGAGGACGAGGACAGUUUAAGUACCAGCAGUGCGGAGGUGAAAGAAAACCGCAACAUCGAUAACUUGGAGGAUCGCUCCUUAGCGUCUGCUGAGUGUCAAUCACUCUUCUGCGCUGAAUCUACAAGAAGUGGGAAUUCUAAUCUGAAGAGGAAACGGCCGCUUGAGGAAGACAACAACGGUCACUUGAGCCAACUCCGUCUGAUCUAUAAGAAACUGUCAUGGUCAGACGCACCAAAGAAUGCUUUGGUUCAGCUCAAUGAGCUAAAACCAGGUCUUCAGUAUCGUAUGGUGUCACAAACUGGUCCGGUCCAUGCUCCUGUUUUCUCUAUUGCUGUGGAGGUUAACGGUUUAACCUUUGAAGGAACGGGACCCACAAAGAAGAAAGCUAAGAUGCGGGCAGCGGAGCUGGCUCUUAAAUCCUUUAUUCAGUUUCCCAAUGCUCCUCAGGCCCACCUAGCCAUGGGAAACAUCUCAAACCCGUCAGCUGACUUCACUUCUGACCAAGCUGACUUCCCUGACACUCUUUUCAAAGAAUUUCAAUCUUCUCCAUGCUCUGAUGGCCUCACCCUUUGCAACUCAGAAGCAGAAAGUCAGUUGUUAUCAAGUGAGCUGCUGAGACACGGACGCUUGCUUCGCCAUACCUUGGACCUGAUGGUACAGGCUCAACAGAGGUUAGGGGGCAUUGUUCCAGAGGCAAAUUUGCCCAAGAGUCCUGUGGUGCUGCUCAAUGAGCUCCGUCCGGGAUUGCGCUACGCCUGUCUGUCUGAACGAGCCGAGGGCAGACGACUGCGUAGCUUUGUUAUGGCUGUGCGUGUGGAUGGACGGAUUUUUGAGGGCUCUGGUCGCAGCAAGAAAAUGGCUAAGACUCAUGCUGCCCAGUGUGCUCUUGAGGCCCUCUUCAAUAUCAGGACAGCGCCUGAAGGGAGGACGAGUCUCAAAGCCAGCAGGAAGAUCUGUCCUCAUUUACCCCAGGACUUUGCUGAUUCAAUAUUCCACUUGGUGAGGGAGAAGUAUCGCUCACUGGUGGGCAGCUGCAAUCCCGCUUACACUCAACACAAAUCCCUGGCAGGCAUUGUAAUGACCCGAGGUCUGGACAUAAACUAUGCCCAGGUAGUGGCAUUAUCCACAGGAACCAAGUGCAUCAAUGGGGAGAAUCUCAGUGACCAAGGGCAUGUGGUCAAUGACUGUCAUGCUGAAGUAACUGCACGCAGAGCCUUGCUACGCUUCCUCUACUCUCAACUCGAGCUCUUCUUUAGUAAAAGACCAGAAGACUGGGAACAGUCCAUUUUUGUACGGCACAAGGAGCGCAGCUACAGGUUACGAGACAGCGUCCACUUCCAUUUGUACAUCAGCACCUCGCCAUGUGGGGACGGGAGACUCAACUCGCCCUACGAAAUCACUAAAGACCUACCCAGCAGUAGACACCUCAUGCGGAAGCACCGCUGCCACCUGCGAACAAAAAUCGAAUCCGGUGAGGGAACUGUACCAGUGAGGUGUCGGGGUUCCGUUCAGACGUGGGACGGUGUUUUACAGGGAGAGCAGCUCAUCACCAUGUCCUGCACUGACAAAAUGACCAGGUGGAAUAUUCUUGGCCUGCAGGGCGCGUUGCUGAGCCACUUAAUAGAGCCUGUGUACCUUCAUAGCGUGACCGUAGGCAGCCUACGCCACACAGGUCAUCUUGGCAGAGUCCUCAACACACGGCAGGAACGACUGGGGCCCCUCCCCGCCGCGUACAGACGCAACCAGCCGCUGCUCAGUGGGUUAAGCUGUGCCGAAUAUCAGCAUUCAGGGAAGGCCAUGUGCGUGAGUGUCAACUGGACGUUGGGCGACGCGCAAUUGGAGGUGGUAAAUACCGCCACGGGACGGAGACGUGACUCAGGGAUGCCUUCACGCCUCUGCAAACACGCGCUGUUCACACGCUGGAACAGACUUUACUGCAAGCUGGGGAUCCCCACUUCCUGCUCGGAGGACGGCCAACUUGUUUACUGUCAGGCCAAGAUGGCGGCACGCCCUUAUCAGACAGUCAAGCAACAGUGGUUCAGAUCUCUGCAAGAAACAGGCCUGGGCACUUGGGUGAAGAAGCCACCUGAGCAGGAACAGUUCCUGCUUUCGGACUAAAAAUUGUGUGUUUUGGUGUGAGUGUGUAUAUAAGUGAAUGUGUUAACCUUUAUUUUUUUAGGGUAAAGUAGGGACCAUGCUCUUUACAAACAUAUAACACUUUACACUCAAAGCUGUUAUUAUUGUGUGUGUGCCUUUUGUUGUUGAAUGGGCCAUACAUCCUCAAAUCUAGAAGGUCAACAGGACAUUCUGAAAGAAACAAUAUAUAUAUUUUUUUUAAUCCGAUGUCUGCUUUACACACAAACACGCAAAAGUGUCAACACAGCCUCCUGCACCCCCACCUUUCAGGUGUGGCGUCUGUCAAAGAAGGGUGGGGUAACCUUGAGCUAAAUGAAAGGCAGCCGCUAUCUUGUCAUCAGCUAUUUCCGGGUCCCAAGGCUCCCGCUGAGGAGCAGUGCCAUGGGAGAGGGAGAAAGAGAUGGAGGAAAGCAAAGAAAGAGAAGACCACGUCCAAUUACUGGCCCUGUCAUGGUGACGGGUGAUAGAGGAAGAGAAAGAGGAGGAAAAAGAGAACGGGGGGAGCCACAAUUCAAUGCCAUCUCAACCGACCCGUCCUCACCUUUUUCUAAGGUCCUCCUUUGACUUGGCCCUUUUUCUCCCCACUUCCUUUGUCUCUGUCACUCCCCCCGCUUCUUGUCAAUCUCCGCCGCAGCCUCGCUUUUCAAGCGCAGCACAUUUUAACACGACAUGACGACAGGUUAAUACACCCCACUGGGUCGAGAGAAGACGAGCUACAUGAGCACGGCCAUUACUGGCUUCCCUGAGUGCGGGCGCAGCUGAUGAUGGAGGGAAAGACUUUGUUUUGCCACUCUUUUAUACUAAAUAUAUCGGUGCCCUGACUUGAUCCACUUCAGUAUCACACUUUUUGGACAAAAUGUCCUAGAUGCAGUGGCAUCCGAAGCUAUAUAGUGCCAUGAGCGACAAUCUGCAUUGGCGCCCCCCAUAAAAAAAAAUAAAUAAAUAAAUAAAUACAAUCAAAAAAAAAAAAACAACAACAACUGUUGACCCACAAAAUACAGCGCAUGAAGUAUACUUAGUACAACCCAACCACCAAAACACAAUAUUUGCUCAGAAUGUUACAUUUAUUAACACUAUCAAACCAGUUGAAGGUGCACUACAAUAAAUAUAUACGAUAGAAUAUUAAUUUAACACCAUAAACAUGAAU